AUGGAGGAAGGGAAGGCAAAGUGUCACAUCAAGUUGAAGAAGAGCGAGCAGAAGAGUAGCACCCGGAAGAGAAAGACACUGGACGUGUUUGAAGGGUUACAUGGUAGCCAUGAUGAUGGGAAAGAUAAAAAUGAGACGGAGGAACGGACAGCUGCAAAGGCACAAAAAAUUAGGGGAAUAAAAAACGGGCAAAUUAUAACUGAGCCCAGGGACGAUUUGGAGAAACAAACCCAUUCAGCAACGUCCCAUUUUAUUCGUUCCCUACAGGAGAAGCUUGAGCGAGUUCAAAAUAAGAAGAAAAUUGUUUAUUUGAAUUUUCCCCAAAAAGGGGGAGCCGGGUUAAGUGAAAGGCAGCCUGAUGGGGAACUUGUCCGAGUUAGCACCCCGGAUGGUAAGAAGAGGGGUGGAAGUCGAACGGAGGAGGGAGGACCCGACGAGCUGUCAGCGGGUUCGGCGGGUUCAGCGGGUUCAGCGGAUGGAGUGGAGCCAAGUGAUCAUUCGCAGGGAGAGGACUCAUCGGGCCUAGCGGCAGACGACUCCGAAUUAGCAGCCGACUUCCCCCAGGGCCUAAAGCAGCAAAACGAAGCGCGCAAGUACCCCAUCUCGGAGGAGAGCCUGACGUAUAAGAGGAAACUCUUCCUCGAAAAAUUUCACAAAAACGAAAAGGAGUCCAUUUUUAAAAACGAAAUGAGCAUGUACACAGAUUUUGAUGACCAUCACAUCCAGGUGGAAAACUACGGGAAGCGCAUUCUGCGCAAAAUGGGAUUCGAUGAAGAGGCCUACAAUCGGUACAUCAAUCAGUACUACCAGGAACGGAGCGACAAGAACUACUUUGACAGGAUAUAUGAGUCCUUCCAGGCCAGGGAGUUUCGGUUCACCGGAGUGGGCGCGGAGGGGGAGAUGAAGGAGAAUAUGCAGCGGAUUAGGGGGAGAAGCGGGAGCAGCGGCGGAAGCGGAAGUAAGGGAAGAAGUGAGAGUAGAAGUGAGAGCAGGACGGGGCGAACGAACAGACGAAGCGGAUUCAGCGAGCGAAACGAUAAGCCACAUGACCACCCCCAGAGGAGCAAAGGCAAAGGGGAACGCAGAGAAGAAGCCAGGUGCGCGGACCCCCGCCCGAGGGACAACACGGAUGACCUAUUUGAAGGACUCAUUGUGAAAAUUAAUUUAAAAACGCAUGAGUUUUACAAACGAAAGGGGGUCAUACUGUACAGGGGGUGGAGAAGGAGGAGGGGAGUGGAGACCAAGGGGAGGACCACCGGGGGGGGAGCAGACGAAACGAGGUGCGUCCUCGGCUUGCUCCUUUUUAAAAGCCACAAAUAUAUUCAUCUGUACAAGGAGAUGAUUAAGGAGAAGAUAAAGGACUACCUAUCGUGGAAGGGGGACAGAGGAGGGAAAAAGCAGACGGGGGAUGACCCCAUCCGAGACGACCCCCGUGUGGAGGAUCGCCAACACGAGAGGAAGCAAUUUUGGGAGCUCUUCCUCAAACGGCUAAUAAAAAAGGUUGAACGAGAUAGGAAGGAUGACCAUGGGGAGAGGAAUAACAAAUCUAAGCAGCCAUUUCACCUGACCGAAGUGAAGCCCAAAUAUGUAGAAACGAGCAUCAGUGAGGACACAGUCAAAUGUAAGGUAGUCCGGAGAGGUGUCUGCCACCCGAAGGGAGACACGUCUUUGUAUAAACAGACCGUCAAGUUGAAGAAGAUCAACGGAGAUUGCGCGCACGUCCAGGUUGAAGGGGGGCACCUUUUGAGGCUCUCCCUGGAUGACGUUUGCCAAUACAUAAGCCACGUGUGAUUUGGGAAGCGGGGCCCCAUUCGUGGUGGUGUGUAGUGGCUCUGGUGGUACAUUUGGUGUGCCAGCGGAAUAGUGCUCCUCUCUCCGUUUCACUCGCACCCCCACUGGUACUAUUUUGUCUCC